AUGGCGGAUCCUGCCUCUGAAAUGCAUAACACUCACAGCCCAAGCCUAAUUGCCACCCUCCACUUCGCGCAACAGGCCCCUGUAAUCUUGAAUCGGCAGGCUCAUCUGGGCAAGAAACCACUACUGUCUCUGAUUUCCAAGAAGGAAACCUUCGAUGACUAUGGCGCGAUUGAGCAACUCUUCUUUUCCUGCCUGCAAUCUGGCGACGACAAGUCAGCUUUGUUGUGCCUUGACCAACUAACACUCCGCUUUGGCUCUUCGAAUGAGAGAGUCAUGGGUCUUUUGGGACUCUACGAAGAGGCGGUCGCCGAGAAUAAACCCAGCCUUGAUGCAUGUUUGCAGAAAUACGAUCAUUUGCUCUCAGAAAACCCGGUCAACUUGCCUAUACUAAAGCGCCGCAUUGCCGUCUUACGGUCCCUGGACAGACCGGCUCUUGCAAUUGCUAGCUUGAUAGAUUUUCUGAAGGCUGUUCCUACGGAUGCAGAGGCUUGGUGUGAACUUGCGGAGUUAUACCAGUCUCAAGGUUUGUCCGCGCAAGCAAUAUUUAGCCUCGAAGAAGCUUUGUUGAUAGCACCUAAUGCCUGGAACAUUCAUGCUCGACUGGGAGAACUUCUGUAUAUCGAUGCUAGCUCAUCGCCACCAGAAAUUUCCACUCGGGGCUUAUACCGAUCGAUGCAGUAUUUUUGCAGAAGCAUUGAGCUCUGUCAAGACUAUCUGAGAGGGUUCUACGGCUUGACUCUGGUCACUUCCGAUUUGAUUGGGAAAGGUUCCCCGAAAGAUAACCCGGCAGAUGCGCAGCCAAUCCCGGUAGAAGACAGUCCACCAUCCAAAGACACAGUUGAGAGACUGAAUGCCUUUGCAAAACGAGGACUAGAGGCCAUUAUCAGCAAAAGACCAAUGGACCAUAGUCUUUGGGAACAUGCUCAAGGUGAGCUCAUUGCGGCGAAAGAGCUGAUCAGUAGGAUGCCGGAUUACAGUUAA